AUGUGCGCGACGCACGCCUCGGAUGGGACGUGGCGGUUCGGUGCGGAGGCGUGCGAACCCGGGGCGUGGGCGCUGGCGAGCGCGGGGUGCGACGACGGCGCGACGCGACGGGCGUUCGGUUGGGGGACGGCGGCGCGCGGGAGAAAGAAGGGAAGCGCGCCGAUGGAUUGGGUCGUGCGCUCGGACGUGGGAGAGAUUUGUGGGUUCGGACCGUUGCGGUCGACGACGGAGAGCGAGCGCGUGCGGCGGUUGAUUCGUGGACGACGCGUCGCGUUCGUGGGCGAUAGCGUCGCGCGAGGGGCGUACGCGGCGUUCGUUCGGGCGACGAGCGAACCGUGGGGUGACGUCAGUUUGAAGACCGAUGACGGCGAGAAGCAUCGUGAUUGGACACAUAAUUUGGUCGCCGAUGGGAGGGCGACGUUCACGUGGGCGCCGUACGCCGAGAACGCGGCGGCGGCGCUCGACUCGUCAGGGUUGAGCGCGGAUUUGAUUGUCGUCUCGUCGGCGCUCUGGCACAUCUUACACGACGAUUCUGUGUCGACUUACAGGAAUCAGAUGAAAAUACUCGGUGAACGCGUUCGAGAGAUCGCCAACGCGCGUCCGGACGUCGUCUUUGUGUGGCUCGACGCCCCGCACGUUGUCGCCUCUAAGCUCGUCGCCGAGGACAAGCGACGAAAGUUCACAAAGGACAAUCUCGCAAAGUACGCCGCGAUUCAGAACGACCAAAAGAGUACGAAAUUAGUGCAGCCAGCCGGCGCUUUCGUUCGCGCGCGCCUCACCGGCAUCACUGAGGCGUGCGGCGACGCGUGCUCCGUCGACGGAGUCCACUCCGUCGAAGUCGUCUACGACGUCGUCGCCCAGAUCGUCCUCAACCUCUGUCGCGCUCGCUGGCGAUGA